CAGUUUCACUUUCCGUUCUACCUGUUAGCGGACGAGCUGGUGGAUGUGGCGAAAAGAGCUAAACAAGUAGUAUAGUCUUCACUAAAGUACUCUUCUAACUAUUAAGUCGAGUAGAGGAAGUUUCUGUUGGAUGCGGACAGGACUUCAACAACACGACCAGAGAAGGUUGGAUGUAAACUUGUCUUAUAGACAGCUGUAUCCUGUCAAAACUUCGAUGUUUGCGCGAUACAGUUUGUGCUACCUGUCGUUUCAGGUGUAAUUAUGGCUUCUGAAGUUACACCGACAAUAAAUUUGAAAGAAGCGGAGGAACUGGCCCUCUGUCUGAGUGAAGCCCUCAGCAGCGGGGACGGACCGGAGGCAGUCAAGCUGUGCCAGAGACUGUCACAACUCUCUGUUCCAGUGUCUGUCCGCAUCAACAGUCAGGCCUACCCUCAGGACUCCAUAAGGUUGUGGGUUGGAGUGGAGGAUGCUCAGUCAGAUAACUACAUCCCAGUGACUGUUGUGGUCUCUUGUGACAUGACAAUUGCCCAACUUAAAGAAAAGCGUUGGGUGAUUGGGAAACGGUUGGCUCAGGACCAGGAGACGUUGUAUAGCCACGGUGUCCGUCAGAACGGAGACAAGGCUUUCCUGUUUAUCCUCUCCGCCCAUGCUACUCAUCUCACACGGCAGCAACACCAGCUGGACCAGGAGCAACAACGCUUAGAGGGUAUCAUGGAGAUGAUGCAACUUUUACCCAGAGGGCUGGGCGGAGGCGGUGGUGAGAAGAACGCUCCUCCCCCAGUGUAUCAACAUGCUCCUCCUCCUCUUCCUCCUAAACCGGCAACUGCGAUUAAACCUGCUGUGCCUCCUAAACCUCAGUUGGGCUGGGCCUGUGCUAUGUGUACAUUCGUAAACAAACCAACGCGUCCAGGCUGUGAGAUGUGUGGAGGAGAACGGCCAGAGGAUUACAAGGUGCCUAACAUCUACCAGCCAGACCAGCAGGAGGUUCUUCGAAUUCAGCAGGAACAGCUGGCCAUGUUGCAGUACGAACAGGCUCAGCGGGAGGAACGAGAGAGGAACUACCUGUACUUGUUGGCAACAGAAGACCAGCACCUUAUCACCAACACCACAGAGACAGACUGUCCCAUCUGCUUCUCUACCCUACAGCCAGAAGAGGGCAUCGUGCUCAGAGAGUGUCUACACACCUUCUGCAGGGAGUGUCUAAAAGGGACAAUAGUAAACAGUCAUGAUGCUGAGGUGUCCUGUCCUGACAAAUGUGAGAGCAAGCUGCUGGACCGAGAGAUCAAAGCGCUGCUCACAGAAGAGGAGCACCAGCGGUUUCUGGAGUUGCGUCUGAGCAUCGCAGAAAGCCGCUCAGAGCACAGCUUCCACUGUCAGACUCCCAACUGUCGAGGGUGGUGCAUCUACGAGGAUGAAGUCAAUGAGUUCCACUGUGAACUCUGCGAUGAAAACAACUGCAUUCUCUGCAGGGCGAUCCAUAGUGGUAAGAAUUGUAAGGACUACCAGGAUGACCUGCGCAUCCGAGCAGAGAACGAUCAGGCGGCUCAGCAAACUAAGCAGAUGCUAGAGAGCCUGCUACAGAAUGGGGAGGCCAUGAAAUGUCCGCGGUGCGACAUCAUUGUCCAGAAAAAAGAUGGCUGUGAUUGGAUCUGCUGUUUGAUGUGCAAGACAGAAAUCUGCUGGGUUACCAAACAAGCUCGUUGGGGACCAAAUGGCAAUGGUGACACAUCUGGUGGCUGUAAAUGCCGAGUCAAUAAUCAGUCUUGCCAUCCCAACUGCCAAAAUUGCCACUGAGGCAAGCACACUAAUGACAACAGACGCAGCUGCAAGUGCAUGCACUGUCUGAAGAAACGCAGACCUCAGCCGAUGCUCAUGCUGCUAGCUUAAUGCUGGCUAUAUUAAUGUGUUCUUUUGAUUUAUUUUACUUACUUUUAGCCUUGUUUUCAAUGAUGUAGUUGUCACACACCUUUCUUCAAUAGUACAGUAACCACAAAUAUAUAAUGCUAUACACAAGCUAUACAAACUGCCAGCUAUAAUCUUCUACAUCUCCCCAGCUGAGGAUAAUAACUGUUAGUGUGAGAAAAUAAGCUUUACUGGGAUUUUCUGCUAUAAUACUUGUUUUGUGAUGAAUUAAUGCUUAGUAAAUGGUUUGACCUCAGGCUACUACUUUCAUCAUAAUUCAGUUUGAUGAGCCAGCAAUUAUAAUUGUGUCUCAGCUCUCAGCUCAAACUUUGAUCGGACAAACACACCAAAAUAGAACUUUUAAAAAAUAUUUCUAGACAAAAAUGCAAGAAAAUGCUGAUACUCAAAUACAGAAAAUAAAAAUGUCACUCAACAGCUAACAAUUACAUGAAUAAGGAAUUGUUUUCCCCCUGUGUGAAGUAUGACUACAACUAAUUAACUACAACUAUUAAUUAAUUGUUUAUUUUUCCAACUCAUCAUUUAGUCUAUAAAACACCAGAACUGUAGACAAAUAAGUUACAAUUACUGAAGCCCAAAGUGAUAUCUUCCUAACUAAACUGAUCAGAAGAUUUUUUUAUGUCGUAACCCCUAUACGUUAUGACAUCAUAUGUAUAUAAGCCGUUUUUGCUCGAUAAGUGACCAAAAUUAUUCAUUUGUUAUCAGAAUUAUGAUAGUAAUAGAUUUUCUUCCAGUCGACUAAUCAUACUGUGGUGAAGGAUGUUGUUUUAAGUGUUUACAUUGAAUGAAUGUGUUGAUAAUGCAAAACAAGCUGCUCUAAUGCACUUAACUUUGAAGUAUCAGGUUGAAACAUGGCAUGGUGGACAAAUAAUGAUGCUGUAUUUUUGUUAGGGAUUCAGGAUUUUAUCUGUACUUCUUAAGAGCUAUAGUAACCAAUGUACUAUUACAUAAACAUAUUUUGUGUAUGUCUUGUAUCUAUGAAGUGGUUUCACUUGCAUGUUAAGUGACACGCGUUAACUCCAAUAAACUGGAACCACAAGCAUA